AUGGGUAAAAAGAAGAGGAAGAUUAAUUUUAAUCAAACAAUUGACAUUGGAUUUUCGUCUGUCAGUCGAAAAGAACAGAAUCAUGAACAAGUCAAAGAUAUUUUGUCCCAAGAAAAAUUAGCUGUUCUGAAUCAAAUGAAAAUGCAGCUUCCUAAAGCUCCCGAAUCUGAGCGACUACAUGAAACCAUUGACAAAAUACCUGAUUCCGGACCAUUUAUAAUAAUAAUUAGAAACCUUGACUUUUCUGCAGGAGGGGCUGAUGUCUGUGGAUUUCUUCAUCCAAUAAAACCGAUCAGAAUUGAUAUUAGUAACCAUUCAAGACUUCUUAAAGGCCGUUGUUUGGUGUUCCUCUCUUCCAAGCAGGACCUGAUUCGUGCUUUUGAAAAAAAUAACAAAUUCCUUCUUAACCGGGAGGUGCAAAUGAGCAUUGCGAAAGAGGCAGAAGUUGCAGAAUUUCGCAAGAUCUUGAAUGGAAAAAGUUUCAGAACCGAAAAUUACAACCAAUUUAGUUCCGGAAGCCUAAACUAUGAUGAACCCAAGGGGUGGACGCGAAGGAAAAUCGAUCCUGGCGAAACGAAAACUGACUCUGGAAUAACAACUAACGAAAUGUGGAGUUCAUUAAAUAUUCAUGAAGAUAUCCUAAAAGCAAUUAACGAGCUUAAAUUCGAUGAACCUACACCGAUUCAACAGCAAGUUCUUCCUCUUGCUAUUCGCGACCAUUCGGAUAUCUUAGGUUCAGCACCGACUGGAAGUGGCAAAACCUUGGCCUUUGGUAUCCCUUUAAUAAUGCGCGUUCUGGAAGCUAAGGCUAAAUUCGGUGAUCCCAAGAUAGAUUUUGGUCCUUCUUCUAAACUCCCCAAAAAGCGCGAAAGGCAAGAUGAAGUGUCAAAUUCAGAUGUACAGCCUCUUAAAACUGAAAAGAAAAGAAGAAAAAUCAUGGAUGAGUUGGCCUUUAUUGAGGAAUUGGAUCCUGAUUCGAUGAAUGUUGUCAAAAUCCACGACCUCUCCAAGAAGGAUGUGAUUUCACCCUCUUGGAGUGAUCCGAAAGUCAGCCAAGAAGUACCAGAUUCCUGUGUCCGUGGAUUGGUCAUCCUUCCCACUCGAGAAUUGGCUAUUCAGGUUACAUCUCAUUUGAGAGCAAUAGUUACUCAUGUCACAUCUCCGUCAAUUGCAAUUGAAUCUAUUGUUGGUGGAAUUUCCUUUCAAAAACAGGAUCGGAUUCUCAAGCAGCAUAAACCGGAUAUUAUUGUCGCCACACCUGGUCGACUUUGGGAAUUUAUCCAAGCAGUGAGUCUAAAUUGA